AUAUAAAUCAAGAUGGCCGCGAGGAAAAUAUCGGAGUCAUAACGCGGUCAAUCUUCGUCUAUUCCUGUGUUUGCGUUUCGGCCAUCAAAGAUGGUGAACCCUGGUGAACAUCAAAUAGGAGUGUUUUUGCGCGACAAACACAUCGCGAUCGUUCACGGUUUCAUAACAGAAUAUUGUUGGAGAAUUUUCGCGGUCCAAUGUACCUUUAUUUGCCUGAGUUAUCUCUCGUACGUCUGCAUGGAUAAGUACAAUUCGAUGUUCAAAUAUCUCGGACCGAUUUGACUCUGUGACUCGUUCGAUUCAUUGUCGAUACAUAACCGUUUAAUGUGCGCGUUUAGCUCCUCGAUUUCUUUUAGUACACAUACAUUUUAGUGGAAAAUAACCGCACCACGGCAGACUCCACGUACAAUGGCAGAUUCAUUGCAUAAAGAUGGAUAUGAAGCAUCAGGCUUGAUGAUGCAUACUGGCAGUGGUAAUAUAGGCUCAGACAGUGAUAUGAAAUUGGAGCCGUCCAGUCCUACGGAGAAGUACACUUUUUCUCGUUGUGGCAGUACAGGUUCAGUCAACACACCAUCAUCCUCUGCUCACAAUACAGAGGAUGAGGAUAGCGAUAAUAAAAACUCAACCAUCAGCUACAAAGAGCGCAGGAGAGAGGCUCAUACUCAGGCUGAGCAGAAAAGGCGAGAUGCUAUCAAGAAAGGCUAUGAUUCCCUGCAGGACUUGGUCCCGACUUGCCAACAUACUGAUUCCUCAGGCUACAAGAUCUCCAAGGCCACUGUACUUCAGAAGUCUAUCGAUUACAUACAAUUUCUGUUGCAACAGAAGAAGAGGCAGGAGGAUGAGCGGAAGGCAUUGAGGAAGGAAGUUGUUGGCCUGCGUAUCAUGUUGGCCAACUAUGAACAGAUUGUCAAAGCACAUCAGACGCAGCCAGGUCACGCGGAAAUGCGGAUCUCAGACGAAAUGAAGUUUCAAGUGUUCCAGGCAAUAAUGGAACGUCUCUUCCAAUCGUUCAACAACAUUUCCGUGGCCAAUUUCGGGGAAUUAACUGCUUACGUGUUCAGUUGGCUGGAAGAGCACUGUAAACCACAGACUCUACGCGAUAUAGUAAUUUCCGUGCUACAACAGCUCAACAUCAGUCAGAUCAGCUAGUCGAUUGAAUCCAUGAAGGAGAUAUGCGUCGCACAAUGUCCCUAAAGGGUUUACUAAAUCCAUAUACUGAUGAAGAAUAUAUGGCAUGUUUCAUAUUCAAAGAAGUGAUGCCAAGAUUAUGAAACAAAGCAUAUAUUCCUUUCUAUUUUCUUUCUAUCUUACCAUUAGCACAAUCUUGGGACAUAAGGAAAACAUGCGAAAGAUAAACCUGAGAUAAAGUUCAAGAGUCCAAAGUCGAAAAACUCCAAAUGAGAGACGUCAGUGAUUCUCUUGCUAUAUUUUCUAUGGUUUAAGUGGAAAUGUGAACUUCAGUGAAAUAUCAGGAUUCCAUCGUAUCGAGUAAACACAUGUGAUAGUUGUUUUACCAUAAUAUUGGAAUCGUCUAUUGUUCGUUACGUAAGCAUUGCUUACGCGUUCUAUAUCUAAUGUAUAUAGAACACACCACUGUUUCUUUUGGUUAUGUGAUCUUUUCUGAUCAUGUUGGGAUUAGUUUUUUCUGGUGGAAUUUUGAUUGACUACUAAUUGUCUGACGCAACUCUGCAUCAUUUAUUUAUAAAUAUCUUCUCAAAAUACUUCUCGAAUUUAAAUAUCGUUCUAAAUAGUUUCCCGUGAGCGUGGAAGAAGGUUCUUUGUUUCUAUUAGUACUUUUUGCAAUUCGUAACAAUCCUGAAAUUUCCAAACGUGACGAAAGUUUGAACGCAUCAUGUAAUUCUCGACGGUGGUGGUCGGAACACUCGGGAUACGAUCAGAUCUCUAAGAUCAAGUCAGCGGAUAUUUAGACCAAUCAUACGCGAAGUUACCAGAGAAAAGAGACAUGCACGUCGCGUGUAUUACGGGUAUAUAAUGGCAUGGGAAAUAUAAAUGAAAGUUUAUUUUAUAUACAUCUGCGAAAGAGUGAAAGAGAAAAAAGAGAGAUUAAAUAUAUUGAUGCUCUCAACACGGCGUGUCCUCGGGUCGCCGAUACCGAUGUUAAAUAUUUUUGUCAAAUCUUUUAUUGCGCAUAUGUCGCCACGAACAAACAAUGGCGGACAGUGUGUAUGUAUAUGUGUAGAGAGAUGUAUCUGAUUAUGUACAUAACAGAUUUAUAUAACAUAUAUUUACAAUGAAUGUGUACGACCAAACUCUCGAGUGUAUAUAUCUUCAAAGUUA